CUCAGAGAGGAGGAACUUGUCCACCGUGCAGCUGCUGCGGGUGUUGGUACAUGAGCGGAAGACUUCCUGUUGCAGGUGGAGGAAGGAGGAGGAAAGGAUCGAGUCCCGGAGCUGAGAGCGAUGCUCACCGAGCGGCUCGCGGGGCUGGAGGAAACGUUGUUAGAGUCCGAGGAGCGAGUGGAGCGGACAGAGCGGUCCGAGCGGGAGGUCUGCCGCCAGAGGAGGCUGCUCGAUGCCGCGAUGCAGCCCGUAGUCCGGCUGCACAGAGCAGUGUGUCCUGCAGACGUCCAUCAACUGAUGGUGAAUAAAGACGAGGUUCCCCCUGACCAGCAGCAGUGGAGCCCCCUUGUGGACCAGGAGGACCCAGAGCCCCCCAACAUUAAAAAGGAACAGGAGGAACCGUUGACCACUCAGGAUGGACAGCAGCUUCAAGGACUGGAGGAGGCUGAUGUCAAGUUCACAUUGGAUCCCGUCGCUGUGAAGAGUGAAGAAGAUGAAGAGAAACUUAAAUCUUCAAAGCUUCAUCCGAGUGAGAGGAAGGAGAACAGAGCGGACUGUGGAGGACCAGAACCAGCCAGGAACUCAGGUCCUGAUGUACUUUUACAACCAGGUCCUGAGGACAAGGCUGAAGACUCUUCUGAGACUGAAGUCAGUGAGGAUGAUUGGAUGGAGCCUCUAAGUGAUAUGGAAUGUAACAAAACGUUUUGUUGCUCUGGGUGUGGUAAACGAUUUAACAGAAAGGGUGAUCUAAAUAGACAUGAGAGGAGUCAUACAAGAGAGAAAACGUUCAGUUGCUCUGAGUGCAGUAGAAGAUUUAACCUAAGGAGCAAUCUAAAUACACAUAUGAGGAGUCAUGCAGGAGAGAAACCGUUUAGUUGCUCUGAGUGUGGUAAAAGAUUACGCCAUAGGGGCCAUUUAAAUGCACAUAUGAGGACUCAUACAGGAGAGAAACCCUUUAGUUGCUCUGAGUGUGGUAAAAGAUUUCGCCAUAGGGGCCAUUUAAAUGCACAUAUGAGGACUCAUACAGGAGAGAAACCGUUUAGUUGCUCUGAGUGCAGUAGGAGAUUUAACAUAAGGGGCAAUUUAAAUACACAUAUGAGGAGUCACACAGGAGAGAAACCGUUUAGUUGCUCUGAGUGUGGUAAAAGAUUUAGCCAUAGUUGCCAUCUAAAUAGACAUAAAAGGAGUCAUACAGGAGAGAAACCGUUUAGUUGAUCUGAGUUUGGUAAAAGAUUUAAGAUUCAGUCCUACUGUACGAGACGUGAGGAUUCAUAAAGGAGAGAAGUGAUUCAGUUUCAACCUUUGCAACAAAAGUUUAAUUAGGAUUUAUCAGCAGAUAUUCGUUUUAUACAUAUUCAUAGUUCACUGUUGACCUCACACACACGGACAGCGGAGCAGCGAUGAAGGAGGACCCUCGUUGAUCUGAAUGAGGGUAAAUGUCAAACACUAGGAUUGUUAAAUUCGGAGUCAGCUGGCCAAACUGGCCACUAAGUGCAAAAUAGCGGCCUACCUGUUGUGUUUCUCAUAAUGCCCCUUGAGACUUUUUUGUUUGUCUGGUCAUGAUAGAUCGGUCAAUGUGAAUGCGUUCCAGGGGUCUCGUUGUAUUAGAUUUUUUGUUCACAAAAGUUUGAAGUAAGUAUUUCCUUGUUGCCGUCUAGUGUGUUUUGUUAUGCACAGCUUCAAGAAGACUAAAGCUUAGCACAGUGUUCCUUUUCCAGUUCCUUUGUUGAUUAAAGAAGUUGUUCCCUUCAUUUGUAGUUGUGUAAUAGAGUUAAGAAUGUACUGUAUUCAUUUGUAUUUAUAAUUUGUAUUUGUGAAUUUUAUUUUGUUAUUGUUUUAUUUUGUUAACACUACCUGCGGAAGUGAUGUUGCUGUGCACCAACUUUUGUGCUCCCCGAAGUUCUUACUUCCUGUCGGCUCUUCCUUCCCUCAGUGCAAGUUUGUUACACUGAGGGUAAGUCACCUGUUGAAAUCCUCCGUGCUGUUUUAUCGUUUUCUUUAAUAAAUGACCGAUGUAAAUUUCAAGUACACUGCGCUGUUGUUUUGAGUGUUUAUAUGUUUUGGAAAUGCUGUAAAUUAACGUAAUUAAAACGUCCACGGAGAUGUAUUUUAUUUAAUGCGGCAGCCAUUUUGUUUUUGUGCCAACUAUUUCGGCAGCCUUUAAUGUAAUUUUAUUCUAUUUUGUAGACUUUUGUAUGGAGCAAAACGGUUUCUGUUGGUUUCUGCAGGUAUGUGGGUUUCCUUUUUGAUUUAAUAACUGUUUGCCCAACAAUUUGUUACUGGUGUGAGUAGUUUUAUGUAAUAGAUAAGGUUGUGUAUAGUGUGCUUUAUAUACUAAGAGAAAAGUAUGAGUGCCAUUUUGUUACACUGAGGACUUUUGUAUGGAGCAAAAAGGUUUCUGUUGGUUUCUGCAGGUGUCUGCAGCAAAAUAAAGAACCCAAAACCAA